AUGGCGCGAACCGUGGUCGAUCUCUUACAAAAGGAACCUAACUUACGCGGUCCAUGGCGAGAAGGAAAGAUCAGCAAGGAAGAAUUAAGGCAUAAGGACCUUGAAAUUCGCGUCGUCCUGGGAGUCCAGACCUGGGGCUAUGAGAGCGACAAGGUAGGGACGGAUGAACUUACAAAAUGCAGGGGUUUGAUAACGUCUUUCGCGGCUGGGUCUACUUUACCUGCAACGAUCUUGCCCGGAACAGAGCACGGGCAGACGAUCUCUGUGCAUCGCUGCAAGAUCAAACCACGUGAGACAAUGCUCCAACCUCCAAAAGCUCGAAUAAUCUCUGGUCUGGUCUCGGAGCUCGCACCCUCCAGAGUUAAGCCCCUCGGAGAUGCCUGGUUCUUGGAGGCGCACGCAGGCUGCCGAUAA